GGUAUGUCAACUCAGGCCAUCGUAGAAGCUAUAAACACAAUCCACUCCCCAAAAUCAACUACAUCCCAACGGAAUGCAGCCUACAACACAUUAGAAUCUUACAAAACAGCAUGUGACAAUCUCCCGCUCAUUGGCUUGGAGCUAGCCAAACCCACAAACUCUGUAGUGAUCAGACAUUUUGGUUAUCAGUUAUUGGACCAUUAUGUGAAAUUCAAAUGGUCAGGAGCCAGUGAGGUGGACAAACAAGAAUUUAAGACAUUACUAAUCAAUAGAAUGCUUGAAGGUGGAACACUUAACUUGGUAGAAGAAUCAACUCUGAUUAGAAACACACUCACUAAUCUUGUUGCUGAGAUUCUGAAGCGUGAUUGGCCGCAGCAGUGGUUAGAUUUCCUCUCAGUGGUUAAAAGAAACGUAGAACAAGAUAAUACAGCGGGUGAAGUGCUGCUCAGUGCUAUGGCGCGUCUUGUCGAGGAUAUUGAGUUAGACAGUAAGCUAACCCCAGCAAGACGAAGUGACCUGCUUCGAUCUGUAGGUCUCUGUAAAGACCAGCUGGUUGAAAUGAUUUCCUGUAAGUUACAGUGCGCUGUUGAUAAGGGCGACAAUCAGCUGAGCAAUCCGCUCCUCAUGACUUGUCUAAGCGCUUUAAACCUGCUGAGCGCUGCAAGUUCCAUGACUUGGUUCCAUGUUUCCUCACUCUACGACAAAACCUCCCACGUCUGCACUAUUCUGUUUCUCUUGCUGAGAAACAACACUCUGAGACAGUCUGCAGCUGACGUUCUGUACAAUAUUGCAGCUCGGAAGACCACAGCUAACGAUAAUCUCCAAUUUACUAAUUUCAUGCUUCAUGACGAAUGUAUGAAGAUGGUCUUUGAUAUCAGCAACGAGAUCUGCUCGGUUCCUAUCGACGACGAUGCAAAUCUCUUUCUCAAGACUCUGUGUAGAGUUUACGUGUCAGUUGGAGAGAACCACGUGUCAGGUAUCAUACGAAACGAUCUCGUAUUACCUAAAGAAGCAUUCCAAAAAUACCUCCAAUUGAUGAUGAUAUUUUAUCAAAACCCUCGGAUAUCCAUCAGAUCAAUUGUGGUAGAUUUGUGUCACUUCCUUAACUUUAACCAACUUAAAACAAAUGAGGACCUGCAGAUGGUGGUGCCCCACUUGGUUCAAGCGACGAUGAAGAAUUUUUGCAAACCAUUAGAACCAGGAGAUGUCCUGGAUCACUUCGAGCUCAUGAAGAUAUACAAUAUGUUACUGAGCAAGAUGAUUUCUAUUGUUGAUCUCUCCGGAAAGUUGUGUCCGAAUGAAUCACUGGAAGUGGUGUUUGAAUGGCAGAGAGCGCUUCUCAACAGUCCUAUCCCAACUGAAUCUCUUUGCCAGGAUGACACCCCGCCCUUCAAUGUUUGGAAAUAUUUCUCAAUCUUCACAGAGAAAGCUAUAACAGCAUGUUUGAAGAGCAAAACACCACUGAAGAUCGAUCCUAUUCAGCAGAGUUUGAGUUUGCUGCUUGGUUUUGACAGCUCUGAUCCUCUGAUAUCUUAUUGGCAUGUGUCGGCUAUCAACGGAUACGUCCCUACUUUUAGGUUGUGUGACCAUCAAACUAUCCCCAUGCUAGAGAAACUGUUUAAUUUACUGGGAAAAAAGUUUGAACGCACCCUUCCAGGAUCUAUCAAGGAAAACAUGAGUGUGCUGGUUAGUGACCUCCAUCGCCACACUUCUAGUUGCUUGCUCAGAUUUGUAACUAACUACCCUUCUGUGAUAACCUGGGAGGUCUUCCAAGCAAUGCAAUCCCUCUAUGAUAACCUCCUUACUCAGAUAGAUAAUCAGAGGUACGGGUCAAUGUUGCUGAUCCUGGAGGCCCUGAUAUCAGGUAGUAACAAUAUCCCGGAUCUGGAGAAACAGAUACAAUAUAUCCACCAACUUAUAUCUCCUCUAACCACAUUCCUUGAUACUCCUGAUCUUGUUAACCGUUGUUCUCAAUUCUCGUCUUUCCUUCAGCUUUUAGAGGUAUCCCCGACCAACAUAACAGCAGUUACAACACCAAUAAAACAGAUCAAGCUGAGUGGGGCUACCCUCUGUGCUAUUUCCAAACGGUUCACUAAGCCAGGAGCACCAAAACCUGCUUUCCAGAUGGUAUUCCCUUAUCUUGAGCGAGUCUUUGCUCUCAACAAGCAGAUAAACGGGUUCUGGUGCGAUGUUGUUUACAAGGACUUCCCUUGGUUGAAAGGUCCGUUGGCACCAGACAAGGAAACGAAGAUGAUAUACUGCACUUUGCUGGACAAGCGCACUAACAAUGUUCCUUCUUUCAGGAUGAACAUGGUUGCUCUUACAGACUACUCUAACCAGCUUAUCGAGAGUCUGUGUAACAACCUAUCACGUGAUAUCUAUAAGUGGAGCGCAUUCCCCAACAUCAUCAUGGACUGCUAUGCUCAAUAUCUAGCUACCAUGCAGAUGCCGCGUGUCAAGGCUAUAUUACACUCCGUUAUCAAGCCCUAUCUGUCAAACUGCCCUCUCGAGGAUUUCGGCAUUUGUCUUCCAGUCUUACAGGUGACACUUGACACAGUCUACAAACGUCUCUCUGCUGAGUGGGAGCAGAUUCAGGCCAGGAAGCUUGUUCUCACAUCCGAUGAUUACAAUGAAUCAAGCGCUGAACUUGACGAAAUCUUCAACGACCACAUGGUUCUCAUUGUGACGAGAGAAUAUUGCGAACUUUUAUCUCACUUCUUCAGCAUGAAUAAGAAAAAGGGAACCAAGAGGAAGUCUGGACAGUUUAACCCGAUAACGGAACAUUUGAUAAAGGAGAAAUCCAUUUCCGGUCCUCUUCUCAUGUCUGUAUUUUCUUGCAUGGCUUGGGGAGAUGGUGUGUCCAGUAACAGAGCCUGUGCUAUGGCUCACAACGCCAUUAAACUUAUCACAACUACUGGACAGCCAUUAUCUGACGAGGCAACCUACACGUUCCUAGUAAAAGCAAUCCAAGCUCUACAAAUACACGGUCAACACGACAACUGCCUCUACACUCUCCUAAAUGUUAUCGUCUCAAUCAUCCGGCUUACUCACCGCACAAUUCCACAUGUGACGCGCGGCGUGCUCUCCCAAAUCCCACACGUGGUGCUGGAGAAGAUCGACCGGUUCUUCAAGAAUCUGGAUUCUCCGUCAAUCAGCGAAAGGAACUUGCGAGACUCGCUCCAGAGCGUGGUUAAUCCUAUAAUAUCACGCCCUAUCAGCGAGGCUGGGAAACAGCAUUACAAGAUAACGGAACUGGGACCGCUGCAGUUCCAGAAAAAGGACGUGGUAGUUGUACAACAGGAUGGACCAGAAGGACUGCAUUCUCUUUUUAAUUAUACCAACACUUCAUAGCAGUGACUUGAGAUAGAUUGCAUUUAGAUAUAUAAGCUGGGAUGUAUUGUGUUACGUUCUAUAAUGUCAGUCAGAUCUGUGGCGUGUAUUGAAAUUUAGAUAAUUGAGAUUUGAGGUUGUCACUGAUUGAAUAAAAUUUCGAUCAGCUAGUUUUUUAUUUUAAUAGACCUCCAAAUGGUGCACGCCACAUUCGGGCAAAAGUAGUGAUACAAAGUGCAGAUUAACGUUAGCUAAAAGCUUUCGGUAUAUAGUACGAUCAAUAACAUUGCAAGCUGCAUUAGUCAGUCAUUCAAGCUGACCUUGGUUAUUAAGGCUGACCAUACGAUCGGUCAUUACAGCUGUUUUAGAAGUAAUUUGACGGAUUGUCGGGCAAAACUUUGUAGUCUAUUCAACGACCCUGUCCGUUUUAUAUUUCUGGACGUCAACGGAAUAUUACCAUGACAAAGUCCGAAGACAGAUAAUCUAAUAAGUUAUAAUUUUAGAAUCCGAGCGGAGAAUUACUUAAUUCAGUUCGUUGAAAUAUUUAAAUUUGAAAUACUCUGGUUUAUGGAGUUACAUGAUUGUUUUUUUUAGAUUCAAAACAUUCGUUUCGACUGUUGUGUUAUAGAAAGUAUUAAUUAAGCGAAAUUUUGUAUGGUUUUUAGGAGUACGGAUAAGUAAUAAGUAUAUGUAAUUGCAUGAUGGAUAUUAUCUUUAAUUUAUUAAACUAUAUUAUAAAAUCAAGUAAAUAUUAUGAUCCUUAUUAAUUUGGGUUCAGAAAUAGAAAUUGGUUUUUAAGAUUCGAUCAGGAAUAGGAGUUUUUACGAAUUUUCGGAUAAAAUGUUUUAGAUUUUUAAUAAGUUAUUAACGUCGUUCAAUACUUUCGAUUCGGAAACUGAAAUAACGAUUUACAAUGAUGAGAUUUAGAUUACUGCGAUUUCAGGUUUUACAAAAGUAUUUGAUGUUUUACAUUCCGCAAAAUAAUCCUAAUAAUAGGGAGAAAUGAGAAUUUCUUGAUGUCCUAUUUUCAUGAAAUUUUUAGCUUUGAAGUUUUUUGGGCGGUAAACAGACUUUCCAUUUCUCAAAAUUUACCCCUUAGCAUUCUGAAUGGGAUGAGAUGGAUUUGAAAUGAUGAAGAUUUGUUCACGUUGAUAUUCAACCUCAUGUCAUGUGGGUACCUUUAUUCUGAUAAAACUGAACAUGUCUCUAAAAAUAUGUGGAUCGUUAUAAGAAAUUUUAUGUUUUCAUAUUUGUCAUACCCUCAUCUAGAUGAUUUUAGAAAUUACUACUAACACCAUAGUACCACUUGCAUCCCUGAAAACACUGUCAAUUUAGCAGGAAAUUACUACUGGCUUAAUAUUAAACAUAACCAAAAGUAUGUCUUAAUUAAUCACUAAUUCAUAAUCAGAUCGAUCAUUGAGUUUGAUAAAAGUGUCUGUAGAGUGUAGGGAUGCAGCUAAUUGUACUUUCGUGUUAGCGAAUGUAACUUAUUUGAGAAGCAUCUAAUAUCUGUCACAUGUGUUGACUCGUGUUUAUUUUACUCCUACAGUCUCAUAUUUCAUUGAUCUUAGGCAAUUUACGCAAAAAAAAGUCCAAAUUUCAGUAAAGUAAAGUAAUUUAAGAUCAACUAACCACCCUGUUGACGAUAAUUUGGACGGUUAUAAUUUGAUCGCUUAAAUGUCCCUGUAUCGAAAUUGUAAUCUUUCAGUGGACAAAGCAUUGUUUGCUUGU